AUGCCUUCGAUCGCCCUCCAUCCGCGCGUGUCCUCGCCCAUUUCCACUUCGUCCCCCGCCAAUCCCCUCCCUCAGCUACUCCAGACGCCUUCCGGCCUCGCGCUCCUCGAGCUGCAGGGCACAAUCAACGUACCAUCUCAAGAAGACCAAGGGGAUGAGUCUCGCCCGGCAGAAUUAACCAGCAAUCCCUACGAAUCCUCAGCAUCCACCGCAUUCGAGACUCCAAUUGGCAAGCUUAUGUUUCCGGACUACUCGCCGCAAACUACGCGUGCGGAUGAUACAACAUGGAUGAAACGAGUCUAUCUAUACGUUGGCAGAUACCAACGUAUGACGGGUGAAGUGAAGAAGUUGGCUCAACCACUUGCUGUGGUUCAGAAGCGACAGGAUACCACCGACGGCGAUGAGCUUGAAAUCGUCGAGAUCGUGAAGUAUAAACUGCUCUUCAAGAGUCGCCCUGAACCGGUCAAUGAUAGUUGA